CAACACCAAAUAUUCUCUUCCCUCCUCGACACCCAAGAAUGCUGGGUCUCCUUUCCUUUAGUCUGUUGCUGUCAGUCCUGCAGCCAACGCUGGGCGUUAAAGUAUACCUCAGCCCCCAAAGAAAUACCUUCAGGACCUCAUUGUCGCCCUCUGACGCAAGCUCUGUUCUGUCGCAUCAUUUAGGACUUGAAUUGUUUGAACCAUUCAGAGACUCGGCGGCACCGUUGUAUGAGGAUGAGGUAUUCGUCGGAAAGGGAAAGAAGAAUAUUCUCUUGCUGACCAUGGAAGAAUAUGACGCGGAAGCUAUAUUACCUUCUUCAUUAACUCCUUCAUUCAAGCUGUCGACUCCCUCUUCUGUAUCAAUAUCGUCUCUGUAUUCCGUCAUAUCAACCUAUCUUCAUCGAGCCAGACACGCGUAUGCCUCAGUAUACGAAGCCAGCCCUUCUCUUUCUCAUUUCGAAAAUAUCGAUUCCCUGAAAGCCUUCCUCGAUGAGGCGGAAGAUUCAGAAUUUGCAGCUCUCGACUUCUCAGGGCUGGCAGCUCUACGGAAGACCUACGGUUCUGCCUGUGAAGAAUUCGCAGAGGCUGCGUCAACAAUCCGUGCCUUCCUUGAACGGGGCCUCGAUCGGGACCGCGUACAGCUCGCCAUCCUGACUUAUACUCCACCACCUACUCUUUCAUACUCUAAGCGACAAUCAAGCCCUUUGCAGUCGCAGAUUCCUUUCCCCUCUGAUCAUGCCCCACCCCAGGAACCCAUAGGUUCCGUUUCAACGUGCUUCGCUACCGAAGACGUUUGUAACGAAGAAACCUCCACAUGUUCUGGGAGAGGACAAUGUGUUCAGGCGACUAAAGCUGGAAAGACAUGUUUUGUCUGUGCAUGCGGUGUUACAACAACUGGCGAGGGAAACCAAGUAAAGACCCAGGCCUGGGUCGGUGAGAGCUGUGAAAGGAGGGAUGUCAGUGGACCCUUCGUCUUGCUCGCAGGGACGGUCAUCGUCAUUAUUCUCCUAUGCGUCGGAUCCGUAUCAUUGCUGUUCCACGUUGGGAACCAGGAGUUGCCAAGUACCCUGAUGGGAGGCGCGGUGAACUCUAAGAAGGAUUGAAUGAGGAUACACUGAACAGGCAAUCUUCAUGGAUCACGCGGCAGAGGGGUAAAGGUGACCCGUACCGUGUACGAACAACAUAUAUCCCCUUAUAAUGGCCUUUUCCUAUUGCUGUCUUAUUAAUUAAAUUUCUUCGCUAUCGAUGUAGUCGACGAAAUUUGAAUAUCCGGUAUUCAAAGUUGUAACCUGGAUCCACGCGUUCCGAAACAGCUCUGGGUGCAAAGCCUCAAUUUCAAGCUCUAUCCAGGUUGUUUUUUUUUUAAAAAAAAUAGCAAAAAG